AUAGAGGGCGUUUUAAUGAGCAACUAAAACGUGUGCAUGUUUGUUGAUUUUUAAGUCGCAAGAAGUCAUCCGUUCGACUGACACCUGGAGGAAACUUAAAAAAAUAAUGGGCAAAAACAAACGUAAAGGGCCUCAGCUUUCUCAUCAGGAAUUAAUGGUGCUAACAGUAUCUGAGAUAGUAAACCAGUUGAUCAAUGCACACAAGGAAUGCAAAGAUAUCAACCUGAAUCGGGUCAAAAGUUUGACGGCGCGCAAGUAUGGCCUAGCGUCUCAACCCAGACUAGUGGACAUCAUAGCAGCCGUCCCAACAGAGCACAAAAAGGCCCUUCUUCCUAAGUUAAAGGCUAAGCCAAUUCGUACUGCAAGUGGGAUUGCAGUUGUUGCUGUAAUGUGCAAACCUCACCGCUGCCCACACAUCAGUAUGACUGGGAACAUUUGUGUAUACUGCCCUGGAGGUCCAGACUCGGACUUUGAAUACUCAACUCAGUCAUAUACUGGCUAUGAACCUACCUCAAUGAGAGCCAUAAGAGCCAGGUACAACCCCUAUCUACAGACAAGGCACAGAGUAGAACAGUUGAAGUCUCUUGGACAUAGUGUUGACAAGGUUGAGUUCAUCAUAAUGGGAGGGACGUUCAUGGCUUUAUCUGAAGAAUACAGGGACUACUUUGUUCGAAAUUUACAUGAUGCAUUAUCUGGUCACACGAGUAACAACAUUUCAGAGGCUGUCAAGUAUUCAGAACGGAGCAAAACAAAGUGUAUUGGAAUUACCAUAGAGACAAGACCAGAUUACUGUCUAAAGAAACACUUGAGUGAUAUGCUGAAUUAUGGCUGCACAAGACUUGAGAUUGGUGUUCAGAGUGUUUACGAAGAUGUUGCACGUGAUACCAACAGGGGCCACACUGUAAAAGCAGUCUGUGAAUCAUUUCAAAUGUCUAAAGACUGCGGAUUUAAAGUUGUUUCCCACAUGAUGCCAGACCUGCCAAAUGUAGACUUCGAACGAGAUGUAGAGCAGUUUAUUGAGUUUUUUGAGAAUCCAGCCUUUAGACCAGAUGGUUUGAAGUUGUACCCAACACUUGUCAUUCGUGGAACUGGCUUGUAUGAGCUGUGGAAGACAGGCCGUUAUAAGAGUUACCCACCAAGCUUACUUAUCGACCUUGUUGCUAGGAUACUGGCUUUAGUACCACCAUGGACACGGGUGUACAGAGUUCAAAGGGACAUUCCCAUGCCAUUAGUGACGUCUGGUGUAGAACAUGGUAACUUACGAGAACUUGCUCUAGCUCGUAUGAAAGAUCUAGGAACACAUUGUCGUGACGUUCGCACGCGUGAAGUGGGCAUCCAGGAAAUUCAUCACAAAGUCAGACCUUAUGAAGUUGAAUUGAUUAGGAGAGAUUAUUGUGCUGGAGGAGGGUGGGAGACUUUUCUAUCUUAUGAAGAUCCUGAACAAGACAUUUUAAUUGGCUUAUUACGUUUACGAAAGUGUUCGAAGGAUACUUACAGGUCAGAGUUGAAAGGUGGUGUGUCAAUUGUCAGGGAGUUGCAUGUGUAUGGUAGCGUAGUACCGGUGAAUGCACGUGACCCUUCGAAGUUCCAACAUCAGGGUUUUGGGAUGUUGUUGAUGGAGGAGGCAGCACGCAUUGCAAGGGAAGAACAUGGUUCAUCUAAGAUUGCUGUCAUUUCAGGUGUUGGUACAAGAGACUAUUACCGCAAGAUGGGCUAUGAACUGGAUGGACCCUACAUGUCCAAGUUACUUAACCACGAAGAGUAGCACUUUACACAUCUUAGUUACUCAACCACGAAGAGUAGCACCUUAAAUGUCCAAGUUACUCAAGCAAGAAGAGUAGAGCCUUGCAUAUCAACCACAAAAAGUCGCACCCUACAUGUCCCAAGUUACUCAACCACGAAGAGUAAUACCUUACAUGUCUGAGUCACUCACCCAAGAAGGGUAGCACCUUACAUAUCAAAGUUACUCAACCACAAACAGUAGCGUCUUACAUGUCAAAGUUACUCAACCACAAACAGUAGUGUCUUACAUGUCCAAGUUACUCAACCGCGAACAGUAGCAUCUUACAUGUCCAAGUUACUCAACCACAAACAGUAGUGUCUUACAUGUCCAAGUUACUGAACCACGAACAGUAGCACCAUACAUAUCGUAAGUUACAUAACCACGAGGAGUAUCAACGUAAACGUGCCUAGCUAGACAGUUCUUGAUCGUGUUGCUCUUGAUGGUUGAAUGCUUGGUAGAAUUUUAAAGAUACUGAUGACAAGAGGGAGAUGUUUAUCAACGUAUUUAUGUCUUAAACAUUUGCUAUCGACUUUAAAUGCUUAAAUGUAAAUGCAGUUUUGAUGGAAAAGUAUUUCAAAAUUUAUUAGAUGUGUAAUAAACGAAAGAACAAUUCAUAA